CGUAUCUCUUGUACUAAAAUAAGCCUAGCGCAACAGAAUAGAAAAUUGGCAAAUCGCCAUCAUUGAAAAUCUUUCCGGGACAAAAUGACUGAGAUGUCAACUCCCGUUUUUAUAGACAUUGCUGAAUCUGAUCAGACAUCUGAAUUGCGCAGUUAUCUCAAGUCUCUAGGAGCAGAAAUAUCAGAAGAAAACUCCGAACAUGGAAGUUUAACAGAUUUGAAAAACAUUGUGGAAGCUAGUACAGUAUGUUGGAAAGAGGUCAGCAGUGAAAAUGACAUUGAAAUGGUCUUCAAUGGGAUUAUAUCUCUCAUUCUCUUGGUUCCACCGGAGGACGCAGAGAGCUUGGGUAUUCUCUUCUGUGAGAAGAUCAUGAAAGCAGGGCAGAGCGACAAAGGAGAUAAACGCAUGAGUACUAGAAUAAAGCUGCUGAGUAAUCUGUUUCACGGUUUACCUGAAACGUCUCCGGUGCGGUACACAGUGUAUUUAGCCAUGUUGAGACUCGCUGGGCAGGCUGACAUGCUGCAGAUGAUACCCACUGAAUUAGAUCAGGUUAAAACUUGGAUUGCUCAGUGGGGCAUUAACAUUCAGAAGAAACAAAAUCUCUACCGGGUGCUUCAUGAGGUCCUCUUGGAAGCUAAACAAAGCAAACAAGCGACAAAAGUGAUGAUAGAGUUGCUAGGCACAUACACGGAGGACAACGCGUCUCAGGCGCGGGAUGACGCCCACCGCUGCAUCGUGACGUGUCUGAACGACCCGGACACCUACCUCAUGGAUCAUCUACUCACUCUGAAACCAGUCAAGUUCCUCGAGGGAGAAUCUAUUCACAAUCUCUUAACAAUAUUUGUGUCUGGAAAAUUGUCACAGUAUCAACAGUUCUACAAAAACAACACAGACUUUGUGAAAUCUUUAGGGUUGUCGGAUGACCAGAACAUGCGUAAGAUGCGGCUGCUGACGUUCAUGCAGAUGGCGGAGAACCGGAAGGAGAUCAGCUACGCGACCAUCAUCGACGAGAUGCAGCUUGGGGACGAGGACGUCGAAGACUUCGUCAUCGAAGUUUUAAGGACAAAAGCUGUGCGGGCAAAGAUUGACCAGAUGCAAAAGAAAGUGAUAAUUUUCUCCACGACUCACCGGACAUUUAGCAAGCAACAGUGGCAGCUACUGCGACAGUAUCUCUCGCAGUGGAAGAGCAACCUGCACAUGGUGGAAAGCAAUCUACAGUCAUUGUCGACAUUGCAGUCUCAGACGCCACAGGCAUAGAUAUCGGUUUAGAAAAAAACAAACACGUUAUAUCAAAAAGAAAAAACAAUUCAAAAGAAAAAAAAGAUGGUGGAUGAUAGAAAAAAUAAGUGACAUGUAAAUAGUAUUAUUAAUAAUUAAAAAAAAUUGUCAUCUUA